ACCGAGCAGUAUUGGAUUGAAGAGUCUCCUCGCAUCAGAUUUCUUCUACAAUUGCGGACGAAUAGCAAAAAUGCGGCUUCCAUACGUCGACGAUGACCCAAAGAUGGACACGCCUGAAGACCAGGCCGUAGUCGAACGUGUAAAAGCACGACGAGGUGGAAAACUCAUACCACUGGACAAAGCUCUACUACACGCUCCUCCAGUCGCAGAUGGCUGGAACUCCUUCCUCAAGUCUAUCCGAGAACAAACAACAUUACCAGCAUCAGUACGAGAGAUCGCCAUCUGCCAUGUGGCUGUGUUGAACCAUGCAUGGUUCGAAUGGGAUCAGCAUGUACCGAUCCUGAGGAAAGCGGGUGUGCUGAGUGAGGAGCAUAUUGAAAAGCUCAAGGACCGGGAGUGGGAUGGCAGCGGACUGGAUGAUAAGCAUCUUACUGUUCUGCAGUAUGCCAAUGCGAUGACGAUUGGGGUUAUCGUCAAGGAUCCGCUGUUUGAGAAGUUGAAGAGUUUGUUCAGUGAGCGCGAAGUUGUUGAGAUCACGGCAACUGUCGCGGCAUACAACACCGUUUCGCGGUUCUUAGUGGCUCUUGACGUUGGUGAGAUGGCGGCCAAGUAUAGUCUGGACUUCAGUUAGACCACUUCAUGAGAGUUCAUUCCAACUAUUGCCAGUGCUGAGCCUCCAGAUGCUACGAAU